AUGAAUCACCGCACAAUCAUGAACUCCGGUACCUCAAAACCUUGAAAUCCACCGAAGCUGUGAGUCAAGAGAGCACAUAAAAGCUAGAUAAUUCUUUCUUUUUCUCAUUAACUUCAUAGUCCACUCAUCAGAAUGAAAUUUACUGGUCUCCUCGCUAUCGCCUCAAUCAUCGCUGGUACUACCGCUACCUGGUCGGACGGUAAUGGUGACGUUGACGACAAUUCCUUCACAGUCAUCAUCAAAGACCCAUGGAAGUCAGGCCUUGAUCAUGCCAACACUGCUGCUGUCAGUGUUAACACAAAAGAACAUACAACUCCAUUUAGCACCCACAACACCUUCACUAUCUACGGUGAUCAUUGUACUCAAUACAUUGGACUUCCAGCUAGAGAUGAUCUUCCAUACCAACCACAAAUUCAUCUUGGGGCUAACUUCUGUAACAGAAAGAACAAGGAUAACCUUUGGAUUAACUAUGCUAACCAACACCUUGAUGUAACAAGCGACACGCGCUGUAUCAAACAGUACAACAAAACCGUACGCUGCACCAUCCUCAAGAACCCAUAAUGAUUUUAUACUCAUGUCAAAGAAUCGCGGGAGCGUUGAAUCAAUACCAUCUUUAGUUAUAAAUUACGUGUGAAAUUGAGAUAUAAUAGACGAUAAGUUUUAUAACUCAAUGGGUUGGUAAGUUCUGUGGUACUGUCCUCUUCGUAGUAAACUAAGACAGAUAUGGCAUGGUAAUCUGUUAUGCACAAACCUAUGGAUAUAUUUAAGAACUUCCUAUCAUUUCUAUCCUCUCAAUAUUUUUCAAAAUAGUUUUUAUAUAUAUUGAAUAAUAGAUUGGUAUAAAUGUCAGCGAUUUGUAUAGUCACAUGGCUGUACACAUAAUCGUGGAGCCUGAUUGUAACGCCUGAUUAAUAUCAGCUAACUUAUACGCUUCCGUAGGAAUUAGCCUAUCCGUGAAAGCACCUUUGGAGUUAGCUUGGUCAAUUCGUGAUGACCGCUCAAUUUC